UAAUGAAUCAUCUGGGUGUUGGAUAGUAAUAAAAAAAGACUGUUAUUUGCAAUAACACUGAAAUUUAGUUGGUAAUACCACAAUAGCCAUAGAAUAUUUAAUUUACCAGACAACCUCAUAUAGUUUAUUGUGCUAAUUGUAACAAUCAAAUUUAAACAAAUGUUUAAUUGAAGAUUGGUAAGGGUCAAUUGUUAAUGGCCUUGAUAAUGUUGCCUAAGUUGUUAUGGUAAUAAUGAUGAUAGUUUAAUUUCUUAGUGCUUGUGUAAUCCCAUUAUUGAUGGAUGAUUGUCGAGAUGCAGUUCAUUUAUGUCCAGUUUGCUAGGCCGAAGUAGGAAGAAAGAAUUUCAUCUUUGAAUGAU